AAAGCGUUCAAAUACUUCUCUAUAAACACAUAAGAGAGACAAAACCUUACUGCUAAAUUGCUAAACCCUACAUUUUAAUAUAUGGAGAUUCCAAUAUUUACUGUGGACGCUUUUACCAGUGUACCCUUCAAAGGUAACCCUGCCGCAGUUUGUCUCAUAGAGAAUGAACUUCAAGAUGAACUUUAUCAGAGCAUUGCUGCUGAAAUGAAUUUAUCAGACACUGCUUUUAUCACAAGACGGAAUUCCAUGGAUUUUUCCUCAGGUGCAAGGUUUGGAUUACGCUGGUUUUCCCCCCAAACCGAGGUUCCACUCUGUGGACAUGCAACAUUAGCCUCAGCAGCAGUGCUAUUUCACAUUAAAAACAAUGUCAACCCUGUUGUGGUGUUUGAGACAAUGAGUGGGGAGCUGUAUGUGCGUCAACAUGGAGAAUCAUUAAUCAUGGACUUCCCCUUAAACAAGCCAAAACCUCAAGACCAACACGAAGUCAAAGAUCUUUUGAGGGCUGCUGUAGGAGAUUUACCUAUUCAGGAUGUCUGCUAUUCUGAAACCACAAAGAAACUGAUGGUUCGUCUAGCCGACACAUGUGACAGGGGUAAACUUGUGUCUUUGAAGCCAAAAGCAGAAGUGCUGCUGAGACACGAGACCACUGGGAAGAUCAAAAGUCUCAUCAUUACACUGAAAGGCGCAAAGACUGGACAUGACUUCUACUCCCGUGUCUUUGCCCCGUGGGUCGGGGUCCCUGAAGAUCCAGUCACUGGGUCUGCUCAUACUGUUCUCGCUGGUUACUGGUCUGAGAAGCUCGGGAAAAAGAAUAUGUUGGCUUACCAAUGUUCCAGUCGAGGGGGAGAGCUGAAACUGGAAAUAAGAGAUGGUGGCCGACUCAACAUUAUUGGUCGGGCACAGAUUAUUCUUCAGGGAACUCUUAAAAUCUAAAUAAAUUUAUACAAUCUACUCAAUGCAUUUAAAGAUAGAAUUGACAGGAAUCACAGCAUUUCUUUUUAAAUUAAUCAAAUGCCAUUUAAGAACAAUCUUUUAUUUAACAACAUGAGAAAUAACAUUACAAAUAAAAACAUAACCUUAUUUAUAAAAUGCACAUACAAAAAUAAUCAUGACACAACACUGAUAAAAAGCACAAGGGCUUUAAAAACAGUGAGACGAGGUAGGAAAUAAUUGGCUAAAGAAAACAUAACUUAAUAUGUAGUUGCAGUAAUUAGUUAUUGGCUUAAUCCUGCAUUAAGGAAGAGCUCUCAGGUCCAUUGUGGACUAGAGACUGCCAUAAUAGCUUUUAAGAACUGAUUUAUUAUCAAUCUUGAUUUAAUUAAUAAAACAAAAAUAAACUUAACUUGGAAAAUA